AUGACAACGACAGAUCCAGCACAUUUGCUAUCGCUCAAGGUUAUGCGCGUUUCGCGCCCCGAGCUUGCGAGCGCAUGGCAGCCUUUCUAUUCGAGUUCACCAUCGUUCUCCGCCCAUUCAUCCGCUUCCAUCCUGUCUUUGCAAGGGAAUACACCUCUACCAGGUCACCCCAAGACGCUACGCGACUUGACUCAUCCCUCCGAAUUACUUACCCUGCCCUCCUCCUUUGGCUCUAUCCAGCUUGGGGAGACCUUUUCCAGCUGUCUAUGUGUCAAUAAUGAAACCCAACUAGAAAUCGAAGUGGCGCAAGUUAAAGUAGAAAUGCAGACGGUCACCACCAAGGUCGUUUUGCACGAGAUGGAUGGAACCGGAGCAAGUCUGGACGGUGGUGACACCCUUGAACGCGUCGUACAUCAUGAAAUAAAGGAACUAGGUCAACAUGUCCUUGCAUGUACCGUAACCUAUCGGCUACCUCCGAAUACACGUCCAGUGCCUGGGGCUGCUGAAGAUGCCGGCGACCCAAGGCUGCAGACGUUCAGGAAAUUCUACAAAUUUGCCGUUACUAAUCCCCUCUCCGUGAAGACCAAAAUCCAUUCGCCAAAAUCGCCAUCCGCGCUGCUAUCACCCGUAGAUCGAGAGAAAAUAUUCCUCGAAGUUCACAUCCAAAAUCUAACUCAAGAUGCAAUUCGCUUCGAACGAAUGCGAUUAGAAUGUACAGAGAACUGGGAAGCGAUCGAUGCCAACAUAAUUUCCAGUGGGGGCUUUGAAAAGAGCAUAUUUUCAGACACGACGACGCUGAUGCAGCCGCAGGAUAUGCGGCAAUAUGUUUACAUAUUGACUCCUAAAGUCAUUGACUUAUUCCCCACGACUCAUCCUCCAGGCAGUAUCAUUCCCCUUGGCCGACUGGACAUAUCAUGGAGGUCGUCCUUUGGCGAACCUGGAAGGCUGCUGACCUCGAUGCUGUCACGCCGGAUUCCUGUUGUGGCUCCCCCGCCCCAACCUGCGUCUGCUGUCCCCCCUCAUCUCAAGCGAACCAUUGGAGGUUCUAUUUCACGCCCACAUUCACCAUCCAUCAGUCAGUCACGACCAGGAACGCCGCCUGCGAAUCAGCUACCUGGAACUCCUGGCACUGCAGGGAAUAGAUCAUCGAUGAGUGCCACGAUGCGCCCUCAGUCUCCUCAGUCGAUCGCCAACUCGCUACUGCCGCCCCUUCCGGAAAUUGAGGCCCUCCUCAUUGUUCGCCGCGUACCACGGGAUAAUGUUUUCGUAGAAAGGCCUUUUUCUAUGACUUUUUCCGUCGUCGUCUCAUCAGUCGUUCCCCUUGGGAGGGAAAACUCGAAACGGACAGUCACUCUUGCGAUUCAACACAUCAGGCCACGGAAGCUUUACCCUCUUGUAGCCCCUCGGCCAGCGGAAGCAUUCAGCCCCCGUGUGCCUACGUCUGGCUUUUCGACGCCAUCAUCCGCGACAGCAACAUUCAAUUAUGCCCUCGCGCACCAGAAGAUUCUAGCAGCAACAGUGCGCCCACCUGCAUCAGAACCUCUUACUUCUGAGCCCGAGAACGCUGAAGCCCUCCCGCCGCCGUAUUUCGAAGGAAGGGGCGACGAGCAUAAGAUCUUGACGAGCGGAGUAUCCUUUGUUGGUCCUUCAGUGAUAUUUUUAUCUCCCGUCGAACUCGAUUUCUCGACUGCCAACGAAGAUAAGCGAGCGCACAUGGAGGCCGUUCAGGAGUUUGACUUGUCAUUCAUUGGCCUCCGUACAGGAUAUUCCACCAUAGGAGGAUUGAGGAUUCUCCUUGUUGACGACCGUCUGGUUGACAAUUUAAAUGAAAUUGGAGGUACAAAGAUGAAGGCACGGGUUCUAAAGCAGCAUGACGUUAUCGGAGAGGUAUGGAUAAAAUCAUGA